AUGCUUAUUCUUGACAUGGAAGAAGGUGAAAAAGGUGAAGAAUGGAUUGAUGAACAAACAAUCGCAACUAUUUGCAUGCAGUGUCUGAGGGCGUUGGAAUAUUUGCAUUCCCGGGGUAUUGUGCAUCGUGAUAUUAAAAGUGACUCGAUAUUGCUUACAAAAGAUGGCGUUGCGAAGAUUUCUGAUUUUGGUUUUUGUGGACAGCUCUCAGUGGAUGUUCCGCGACGACGUAGUCUUGUUGGUACACCUUAUUGGAUGUCUCCAGAGGUAUUUUUGCAUCAUCCCUUCUUUUUUUUUUAA